AUGGAUCAGAUUCCAAGUAUCUUGUAUGCUGAUGAGAACUUCAAAACAUGGCUGAUACUCGGCGCUAGCCGAGGCAUUGGCCUGGAAUUCGUCAAACAGUUGUUAGCGAAGAAUGAACGCAUCAUAGCUACUGUGAGAGAGCCUUGGGCAGGGCAUGCCAGUGGCCUAUGGGGACAAGCAGGUGGCGAUCAUGGUCGAUGCCAGAUGUACACAUGCGAUGUCUUGUCUGAACAGAGCAUCGAAAAAUUCGUUGCGCAACUGGCAGCACAGCCGAACCUGAAGAUCGACUAUGUAGUACUAAAUGCAGGAGUGCUAAGAUACCCGAAUCUGUCGUUUGAUGAAUUCGCUUUCCAUCUACACACAAACACUAUCGGGCCCAUCAUCGCAGCACAGAAGCUUCUGCAGACAAAAAUCCCCAUAGGCACAAUUGUCUUCAUGUCCAGUGACUCGGGCUCCCAUGGCAACUUUCGUGAGAUGGAAGAUGGGUUUGCUGCAUAUGCUGCGUCCAAGGCUGCACUAAAUAUGGCAGCGAGGCACAUGGCCGCUGAAUUGAAGCGGAAGGACGAUGAUACAAUCAUCCUAUGCAUGCAUCCAGGUGAAGUAGCGACCGACAUGGCAAACAUUCAACUCCCGUGGACAGUAGAGGGCAUCAUUUCACCGGAAGAAUCGGUUGUAAAGAUGAUUGAAGUGAUCACAAGCAAAGGCAUACAGCACAGCGGCACCUUCUGGACAUGGGAGAACAAGCCUUAUAUUUGGUAG